GAUCUGUUUGGAGAGGUCGAGAGUACUGAUUCCACGUUUGGCGACGAUUUACGGAGACGUUAUUUCGGGGAGCGGAGGAGACUGAGCUGAGAAAAACAGUCUUGUGGAUAAUUUCCCCCUACAAGGAAGCACCCAAUGUUGCACGCCGAAACUCUGCUGCUCCUCUCCCGUCAUCUAUCCUUACACUGGGAUUCAAUCUCCUACUUACCCCCGGAGUUGUGUGCGUAAAAGACGCGCAGGGGAGCGAAAGCGAGAGAGAGGGGGGCGAUUUCGCCAACCUUUCCUGGGGCUCUAAAUCUGUGGAAGCAGGUGUAUUUCAGCUGUAUUUCUGCAAGCCAAGAUGUCUCUGCCGCCUUCGAGGUUCAUAUACCUGUGUUUACAUUUUCUGGUACUCUAUUUCCAGCUACAGGAAUCCCAGCAGAGCUCUGCUGAUUUCAGGUUUUACAUCGAGAACCACACGAGGAACCCGGACGACCUGAGCCGGAAGCAGGUCCGGAUCUAUCAGCUGUACAGCAGGACCACAGGCAAGCAUGUCCAGAUCCUGGGGAAGAAAAUCAACGCCAACGGAGAUGAUGGGGGCAAGUAUGCUCUUCUUGUUGUUGAGACGGAAACCUUCGGGAGCCACAUUCGAAUAAAAGGAAAAGAGAGCGAGCAUUACAUCUGCAUGAACGAGAAGGGCAAAAUAGUCGGGAGGCCCGAUGGAAGGAAGCAGGAGUGCGUCUUUGUCGAGGAAUUCCUGGAGAACAACUACACGGCCCUGGUGUCGGCCAAGUACAAAGGAUGGUACCUCGGCUUCAACCGGAAGGGGCGGCCCAAGAAAGGCUCGCGGACCACGCAGAGGCAGCAGGAAGUCCACUUCAUGAAGCGGCAGCCGAAGGGCCGGGUGGAUCCGCUGGAGGAGUUUCGUUUCACCACAGUAACUAAGCGGACACGAAGGGCUCGGCGAUUAAAAUCCAACUCCAAGAGGAACUGAUGGGACCAAUGGGACAGCACUAGUGUUCCUGGGCGGGAGGGAGAGGGGACGGGAGGGGGGGGAUAAAACUGUAACUGAAAGAAAAAAAAAAUCUCAAGCUUCUUAAAAGAAUCACCUUAAAGACUUCACUUCUGUAAAAGACAAAAAGAACAACAACAACAAAAAAAAAAAGUCAAAGAUGUUUUAUUUUUGUAUUUCAGGAUGACUGAAUAUUUCCUAACUCUUGGAUUCUUCUGGGUUGAUGUCAUUGUGCUAACGUGUCUGUCAUGUUAUUUAUACUGGAUAAACUAAAGGACCUCUGAGAGAAUUCCCGUCGCCGUCGUCCUCGGCUACAUCUGAACUGCGAAGCUGAAGGCACACUUUCUUUUUGACAAUGGGAGCCGAAGCAGGAGCUGACGUAAUGUUAUAAAAAUCAGCCAACUAGAGAUUUAUUGGAAUACCUGUCGGUUUUUGUUUGUGUUGCCCCUGACAACGCGGAUCCCAUACUUUCCACUGGAAUUAGACACCAUGGAGAUGAAACGGAGAGAGGUGGCGGUCGCAGGUGACACUGUGCUGCCGGGAUAACUGUGUAGCUUUGAGUGCAAUAUUUUACAGGCCUUUCUCUUCCUCUUUUUUUUUUUUUUUUUUUUUUUUCCAUAUGUCUCUCAACCUCAGCUUCACUCGCGGCUCCUGGAAUGCGCUCCGAGUACUGUGUGUGAUUUCUUUGACAUUUCCACGCGGCCCUGUGAUUCAGCUAAAACACGACAUGCUUUGACUAGUCGGGCACCCGCCGCGGCUUUGGCCUUGUUUAAACACUAAGGAAAAAAAAAAAAGACAAUACAAACAAAACAAAACAAAAAAAAAAGAAUACAACAGCUGAUGUGAUUCAUAAUUCCACGCUGUCUUCCAGGUUCAUCGCAUUCGGGGGGGAAAGGAUGUUAAUCCCCUCGUCUCCCCCCCCCCCGCCUCCCUCGGACUCCCGGCUCACAUGUGUUAAAGCUGUUGCGGAGAAGGAUGCCUUGAUUCUUUGAGUGUGAGCUGUAAGCGAGUGUGUUUCGGGGCUGGUGAUGACUUCCUCUACCUCCUUGUUCUUUUGUUUAUCUUUACCUAGUCACACUGUCUGCGUUCAGUUAAUCUCAAGAACCUUUCAGUCGACUCUGAGCUUGAACUGGGCUUUUUUUUUUUUUUUCUUCCCCCUCCUUUCCAAAAUCAUCUUUUGACUGUGAGCUCAUUUCACUCUCACUAGACGACAGUCUCAAAGAUGCUUUGGGGAACACGUAGCCCUGUCGGAUCAGUCAUUCUCGGACAGGAAUGCUGUACAUCAUUCACCCUUCGUCACUUCAUAUUUGACAAUUAAAGCUUUUCCUCAAAAACCCAACUUGUCCAGGAUUCAGGGGAAUAUUUUCCGCCAUGUGGUAGAGUUUGUAUCUGAAUCCUAAAGGGAAAAGUCUAUGCUUCUGUCAUUUUUUUUCUCUCUCUCUCUCUCACUGACAACAAACUCCAGCUUCUUUUCACCAGUAGUAUGUAUUUACCUGUCUGCUGGCAGGUUUUUGUAUGAGUUGCUACUAACAACAUGACACAUUUAUGAUUUUUUUUUUUUUUUUUUUAAACAAAUGUAAGCAAAAAAUAAUUUUAUGACUAUUAUUAAGAUAUUUAUUGCGUCCCUUUGUAAAUAAAAUGUGAUGAGUUUUAUUUGGCCUCUGUUAAUAAAAUGAGG